CUUCUAACGAUAGCUAUUUGGCUGACCCAACAGGUUCCUGGGUAGAGUUGCAGAUGAAUGGCAACGGCAACGGCAAUGACAAUACAAAUGGAAAAAAUGGGGGUCUAGAACAUGUUCCUUCAUCCUCUUCUAUCCAUAAUGGAGACAUGGAAAAAAUUCUUCUGGAUGCCCAGCAUGAAUCGGGACAAAGUAGUUCAAGGGGCAGUUCCCACUGUGACAGUCCUUCACCUCAAGAAGAUGGCCAGAUCACGUUUGAUGUGGAAAUGCACACGAGUAAGGACAGUAGUUCUCAGUCUGAAGAGGAAGCAGUAGAAGGAGAGAAAGAGGUGGAAGUUUUGAAGAAAAGUGCUGACUGGGUAUCAGACUGGUCGAGUAGGCCUGAAAACAUUCCUCCCAAGGAAUUUCACUUCAGGCAUCCUAAACGCUCAGUAUCUUUAAGUAUGAGGAAGAGUGGAGCUAUGAAGAAAGGUGGCAUUUUCUCUGCAGAGUUUCUUAAGGUUUUCAUUCCAUCUCUGUUCAUAUCUCAUGUUUUGGCUUUGGGCCUAGGCAUCUACAUUGGAAAACGACUGACUACGCCUUCAGCCAGUACUUAUUGAGAGACAGAGUGCAAAAGCUGGAAAUCCAUGUGACCUGUGAAGGUGUUACUGUCACAUUUAGUACAUUUGAACUUGAGAUCAUUUUAAGCAUGACCCUAACUCCACCCUUUCUUUACAUAUCCAGGUUCCACUAACUCUUGGAAUUCAGUAUUGUAUUGGAACUCUGUUGAGGUGUUUGCUAUUCACCUUCUCCCCCUUCCCCCACCUCUAGGCCUACAAGAUGCAUCAGAGUUGCCAAACAGAGUUUACAACUGUCUAUACAUUGCAAGGGCUUUUUUCAAUGCAAAAUGCCACCAGCAAAUUCUCAAUUUAUCAGUGAUGCUGUUUGCCUCCUUUCGUAUCACCAAACAGAAAUCUGCAAUUGUGCAUGGUAUAGAUGUUGACUGUAUUAUAAUGGUGACAUUGCCAGUCUCUUCAAAAGAAACUGAAGAUUAGAUAGUGAGGUGAGGAAUUUAUUUUUUGAAAACUAAGUUGAUUUUGAAGCGAAGGAAUUAUUGGCAAUAAAAAUAUAUUUUAAACCAGCUUUUUAGGCAAUUGAUUCAAUCCCCUGUCUUGAUUAAUGCCUUUUUAAUUUGCCGGAGGCAAAGACUGCACAAAACCAAAAGCAGGAUAAUAACUAACAUUCGUCAGCAUACUUUAGUACUAGACAAUACUAGAUACUUGUUGUAAUCUUGUCUUUUCUAUGAAGUAGGCUCCUUAUUUCUGGUAGGAAAACUUGUCUGAUGCCUAGAAAAUGUUUUUUAAAAAAUUGCAUUGUGUGCAUGUGGAGAAGCUUUUCUUUUCCUUACCUUUUUCCUUAAGGGAAAAUUUUAAAUGGAAAGUUUUCCUUUAAAAAGUCAUUUUGAAUACAAAUAUUCUAGGUGUAUUUAGACUCCAUGUAAAAAAGAGAUUCUGCUUGUUAUGGAACCACUUAGAAAUAUGAAGAUGAAGAAGUUUUGGUAACUAUUCAAAGCAUUUGACCUGCCUGUUGGGGAUGAUCUUGCAAUUUCGUAAAGGAACAUGAGUUGCAAAGCUCUGAAACAUUGGCUUCUACAAUUGAGUUUUCAAUGUUUCCAUUCCUCAUUGUUUACUGUGUAAUCUCCCGUGGGGGUAUCCGAUAUCCUAAGGUCACUAACAAUAUCUCAUAUAGCUAAACAGAAUUCUCAUAAAUGUUCAACUUUUAUCUUUGGAAACACUCAGCCUUGUCCUCCUUCAGUGACACUUUUUUCAAAAUGUGAAGCUUUAGUACCAAAUUGUUACAAAGCAUUAGGACAUACCUGUCCUUAAGUAGAUUUUAUUGGAUUUCAGGACAUGUAGCAUGGCUCUGAAGGAUAGAAUACUCUGUUUUAUAUAUAAUAUAUAUAUAUAUAUAUAAAAUAUGAUAUAGACUUUAAUACUAAGUAUUUAGGGAACCAAUGUUAAUUUUAAAAUUAGCAAAAGCUCAUUUAAAUAGAGAAUUCAUUAGGCUGCCUUGUAGAAAAUGUUCAGAAAACUUGGUUGGCCAAUUUGAAAAAAAAUGGCUCCCUGUAAUUUUUUGCUUGCUUCAGAUUUUGAGACUUUACAGCAUUGAUUAUUUGGUAUGGCAGUGAUCACUUGAAACACUUGAAGCACAGAGGCUAAUUCCUAACUGAGGUUUGUUUUAAAAGAGCUGAAUUAGAGAAGUUCAGUAUGAAAUCCAUUUCUAAACUGUAUUUAUUUUUAUUCUCUGCUCCUGACUGCCUUUGGAGGAAUGUGUCCAGGGUUUAAGCUAGGUAUAGGGUGGAAGGGCAAUUUAACUAUUCUGUUUAGACAUCUGCUUUUUAAUCACAAAUAUUAGCACUUGAACUGCCUACAACUGCAAAUUUGUUUCAGGCAUUAGCUUUCAUCCAGAGGUGUGGGGAAGUAAUGAGUGUUUUCAGAUGGUAUUAACCAUGUCAUUUUAGAGACCUAACUAAAAUGGAUGGGGGCAAAAAUUCUGGCAUGCUUUUAUCUGUAUGAAUUAUAGCACUGUGUUUUGUAUGAAAAUUGGAAGAGUGGAAAAAUAGAUUUAUACUAAGUAGGAAAUACUUAUUUAAAAAAAAAAACUAAAAAAUAUUCCCCUUUCCAAAAUAGAUGGUGAUUUCAUUUAGAGAAUACAAGCUUGUGACUAAAGGAUAAACCCAGUUCAUACAAUACUACUUCAAGCAGCUGUGAGAUUAAAAAUAUUUAUUGGAAAUAUUACUGAGAAAUGGAUACAUGAUCACUGUAGUGCUUGUUAUCAUAUAAUGAUACAAUGCAGUAUUUAUUGAUACCCUGAUAUAAGCUUUGGAUGAAAGUCUACAAUUUACUUAGUUUUACAGUGACAGAAACAGACUGUUGUACACUUUGAAAAGGGGUUUCAACUAUUGAUAGUUGAAGUUUUGUUAAGAUAAAUGUUGUUUAAAAAGCUUUAUAUCUGUUUACAGUUUUGGAAAAAAUGCAGGCUUCAUUUUUCUUAUGUUUAGUGAAAACUGACUUAAAAUAUUUGUAAAUAGGAUCAAGCAAAAAUGCAUAAACUCGCACAUUAAAAAUGCAGCAGUCUGACUUAACUGCAGCAAAUACAUAUUUACUUGCUGUUUUAAAAGUGAAAACUGAAGACUCUGUUAGAAAUUCAAAUUUUUUAAUUGACACAUUUGUUGAAAUUAAUGGAGUUAACUGAGCCAAAGUGAUUAUGCAUUCUUCAUCAAAUUAGUUAGCACUUUGUAACAUUAUAUACAGUUUACAGUACAUGUAUAAGUUGUAGCUACAAACAUUUUGUGCCAUUAAAGCUCUCUCAAAACCGUG